AUGUGCAGAGUCAGACAAAAAAGUGACAAGAUAAAAGCCUUAGGAGAUCGAUGCAGGGAAGAACAUAUUGGCAUUGAACUUUUUCAAGUUGAGUAUGCAACAUUCUUCCAAAAGAAUGCACUUCCUGAAGAUCAACGGCAGUUUCAAGUUGUGCGGCGAAUCAAAUCAAUACUCAAACUUCACAUUGGUCCAAAGCCUGCUUGGCAGGAAGAAAAGCGAAUACGUCAUUGUUCAGAAUCCCAUCCACAGAUUUCUGAACGGUUUCGUUAG